UAUAUAACCCAUAUUUCUUCUAGAUCCCAUUUAGACUACUAUAAAAAUGGAGACAGUAAAGGGUUCGCUUUCUUGGGAGAAUUUGGGCUGUGAGCUUCACCCAUGGCUUGUUGAAGCCAUCAGAUCUAUGGGGUUUGCUACCAUGACACCAGUUCAAGCAUCAACUGUCCCCUUAUUCUGUGGGAAUAAAGAUGUGGUGGUUGAGGCUGUCACUGGAUCCGGUAAGACUCUUGCAUUUGUUAUUCCGGUGCUUCAAAAAUUGUCACAAGUUUUAUACGCUGUGGAAAAUGGAGAACCAAGUCCUUCCAAUCCGUUCACAAGAGGUAAAAUGUUCUCUAUAGUGAUCUCUCCUACUCGUGAACUUGCCAGUCAGAUCCAAAGAGUAUUUGAAUCUGUCUUACAAUAUCUUCCUGAAUCACUCGGUCCAACCAUUAAAACUCAACUUCUUGUUGGAUCUUUAUCGAGUGUUAGAGAAGAUGUUGAUGCAUUUCUCACACAAAAACCACAAAUCCUUGUGGGUACUCCAGGUAGAAUCUUGGACUUCUUAGGCUCAAGCUAUGUCAAGACUUCAUCUGUAGAAAUGGCUGUACUUGAUGAGGCAGACAAAUUGUUGGAUAUUGGGUUUGAACAAGAUGUAGUUGGUAUUUUGGCUAAAUUACCAAAGCAAAGAAGAACAGGACUUUUCUCGGCCACCAUUUCAUCAGCUGGUGAUGUCAUUUUCAGAACUGGGAUGUCUAAUCCUGUGAAAGUGGCUGUGAAGUCUAGAGGGGCUGCCGGGGGUAACUCUUCCAAUUCUCCUGCUGCCUUAACCAUCAGUUACAUGUUGGUUGACCCUGAAUAUAAACUUUUAACGAUGGUGAAACUUCUUACUGAAAAUCAAUAUAAAAAGGCUAUUGUAUAUUUCCCAACUUGUGCAUCAGUGAAGCAUUUUUACAAUGUUUUACAUCAUGCCCAGAAGAAUUCGAAUUCUUUUGGUUUAGAUGCUCUCAAGUUUUAUUCUCUUCAUGGUCAACUUUUGACCAAGGCAAGACUUAAGACUCUUCAUAGUUUCGCUGACGGUGACAUAAAUACCCACAAACACAUCUUACUUACCACAGAUGUGGCAGCAAGAGGUAUUGAUAUCCCAGACGUUGAUUUGGUCAUUCAAAUAGAUCCACCUACGAAUCCAGACGUAUUUUUGCAUAGAUGUGGUCGUACGGGCCGUGCCAAUAAGGUUGGACAUGCAAUUGUGAUGUUGAACCAAAAUUCUAAAGAAGAAGAUUACGUUGAUUUUAUGGAAGUUAAAGGAUUGAAGAUGAGACUGGAAUUAGCACCAGAAAUCACAAAGAAAGAUCUUCUUUUUGUUGAUCAUCUUCGUCAAUACAUGUUGAAUGAUAGAGCUAGACAUGAAGUUGCCCUUAAAUCGUAUGUGGGGUUCGUCAAAUAUUACCUGAAACAUAUGGCCUCGUCAAUUUUCAGAGUUUCACUGUUGGAUUAUCUUGGGGUUGCUAAAAUGUAUGGACUUUUAAGACUCCCUAAGAUGCCCGAAUCAAAAUAUGUUGGAGAUCGUAUGCCUGAAGAUGGUUGGUUGGGUGAAGUUAUUGAUAUGGAUGAAUAUGCAUAUGCUGAUCAAUUGAAAGAGGCCGCUAGAAAAGAAGGUUUAGAGGCUGAAAAGACUCAAAAAAUUGCCGAUGCAAAGCGUAGAAAAGAAUUAAAGGCUAAAAACGAAGCCUGGUCCAGUAAAACUGAUCAUAAGGAAACAAAACAGGUGAGAAGAGAAAAGAUGAAGCGUAAAAGAGAAGCUAUAGAAAAACAACUUUUGGAAGAAGAAAGUGAAGAUGAAGAUGCUGCUGCUGUAGAUUGGAAGGAAGUAGUAAAGAGUAACAAAAAGGCCAAGAAACUGCAAUCAAACGUCCAGGGUUCGUUUGAUGAUCUUUAG